AUGGGGAUUUGUCCAAAUCUCCAAUUCGACGAAGCACAAUGGAUCAUUCGCAUCAAACGUAUUCUUGAUGAGGAGAUCGAAGUCCAUGACAGCCAACCCAUCUCCAUCUUUGAUGUCCCAAAGCCCCUACUAUGCACCAAACCUGAAGCCUACACCCCUCAGCUGGUUGCGCUUGGCCCUUACCACCAUUGUCGCGAAGAGCUCCGUGACAUGGAGAUGUACAAGCUCUCUGCUGCCAGGAGAGCCCAACGCCACCUCCCAGGUAUGAGCUUCCAACAGCUCGUGGCUGUCUUCGCUACGCUAGAAUUCGAGAUUCGAGCUUACUACCACAGGCAUCUAGGCCUCAGCAAUGACGCACUAGCAUGGAUGAUGGCCAUCGACGUGUCGUUCCUUCUCGAGUUCUUGCAGACGUUUAGCCAGGACAGUAGCCAGCGGGCAGCGCUGCAGAGGAUCCCGUCAAGGAUGUCGCAUUUGGUUGAUCCAUCUCGGAGGACAUCCUCUCACACCAUGGUGCUGCACGACGUUGUCAUGCUGGAGAACCAGAUCCCUCUGUUUCUGCUCCUCAAGGCGACGGAAAUGCGAGGCUCGUCGCGUGCGACAGCGGAAUCUGUCCUGAGCUCCGUCCUGUCCGGGUUCUUUCAGGAGGUCUCCUCCCUCGUGGCCACGGGCUCUCCGUGCACCGACACGACACGACACGCCCACCUUCUUGAUUUCCUCUACUCUAACAUGGCUCCAUGCUAUGUCGAAGGAUUGGAUUUGGAUGAUGCCACAGAACAAGCAGAUGAUGAUGAUGAUGAUGAUCAAUCGAAGCAUCACAUGAAGAGUACUCUGCGUUCAUUAACAGACCUGCUCAUCAAGCGUGUCACCAAGUUUCUUUCAGUGCUGGUUGAUCUCGGUGUUAGGAUCAUACUGAAGCUCCUCACCAGAAUACCAUGCCUCUCAAUGAUCGCGCAACAACUGAAUUCACAGCCAACACAAGGACAACAACCCAUUAAGGAUUUUCAGAACAACAAGAGCUGCGUAUCGCCGCUUCUCGAGGAGAUCGCGGUGCCUUGUGUUGCCGAGCUAGCUUACUCCGGCGUCAGGUUCGUCCCGGCGAACGGCGGCAUCUCCACGAUCGAGUUCUGCGCGGAAGCCGCGACGCUGCGCCUCCCGGUGAUCCGGGUCGACGUGAACAGCGAGGUCGUGCUGCGGAACAUGGUCGCCUUCGAGGCGUCAACAGGGCGCAGAGCGCUGGUGCUGGCGAGGUACGUCGAGCUGAUGAACGGGAUCAUCGACACCGACGAGGACGCCCGGCUGCUGAGGGAGUCGGGGGUGAUCCUGAACCACCUCAAGAGCGACAGGGAGGUGGCGGAGCUGUGGAAUGGGAUGACGAGGUCGGUGAGGCUGACGAGGGUGCCGGCGUUGGACAGGGUGAUCGACGACCUGAAUCGGCAUCACGACAGCUGCUGGAAGGUGAGGAUCAACAGGUUCUUGAAGGCGCGGGUUCUUGGCUCUAGGGAGCUCGUGGCGUGCAUCACGAUGGCCCUGCUCAUCCUCUUCAUGAGCCUCCAGGCUUUCUGCAUUGCCAGGACAAAGGGCGCUGAUUGA